UCUUAUAGAUAUCUCACUACAACAUACCUUCAAUACCAACACACUUGACACUAUACCAAAUACUAUAAUCAAUUUACAUAACCAAAUUAAACUACUAAGUAGUAUGACUACUCACAGUAUAUCAGAUGAACCUUCAAUCUUUUCAACUCUAAUAGGUCUAAUACCGAAUGAACUUAUCAAGAUUAUCACAAGUUUGUCAUUCAAAAAA